AUGACGUCAGCGAUGGAGUGGCGUCAUGUAGGUACCAACGACAACCCAGCGGACAUCAUAUCAAGGGGGUUGAUGCCGAAUGAGCUCCAAUAUGCUACGCUGUGGUGGAGCGGUCCCGAGUUCCUGAGAGAUGGCGAGGCAACAUGGCCAGGAGAAUACCAAGAACCAGAUAAGGUUUACGAAACAGUGAACGUUUGUGCCGAAGAACGAAGCGAAACAUUUCCAAUUUUUGAAAACGUCAGCUCGUAUCGAAAAAUGGUUCGUGUUAUGGUGUGGAUCAACAGAUUUAUCGGCAUCUUGAAGAAGAAGACGGACGUCCCGAAAACAUCGUAUAUGAGUGGUGCAGAGAAGACUAUAGCUAUUCGUCAACUAGUGAAGCUAGUGCAAGGGGAGGCCUACCCUGAACUAAUUAGCCGGUUGAAGCAAGGAAAGUUGAUUGACGCAAGGCAUAGGUUGAUCACCCUAUCACCCUUUGUCGACGACCAAGGUGUUCUUCGAGUGGGAGGACGACUUCGCAACAAAAGCUGUAAUUUCGACAUGAAGCACCAGUACAUCUUGCCUCCGUACCACAAACUUACGGAAGCUGUCAUUCGGGAGUAUCAUCGCGAGAACAUGCAUUCCGGAAAUCAGCUGACGUUGUCAAUGAUAAGGGAGACGUUUUGGAUUGAACGAGGAAAAUCUGCUGUGAAACGCUACAACUGCUUGCGGUGUUAUCGACACAAACCGAAACAACUGCAACAAUACAUGGGUGAUCUUCCAGCUGAUCGAGUAGAAUUAAUCUACCCAUUCUACAACACUGGAGUAGAUUUCUGUGGACCGGUGUACUUGAAGCCUACAAUCCGUUCGCUGACAACCCGUUUGAAGUCCUACAUUUGCGUGUUUGUGUGCCAAGCAACCAAGGCUAUACACCUGGAGUUAGUAGGAUCCCUAACUUCAGUAGCAUUCAUCGCAGCCUUGCAAAGAUUUGUGUCUCGACGUGGAAAAUGUGCCAAGCUAAUCUCUGACAACGCGACCAAUUUUGUCGGGGCCAACAACAACCUCAAGGAACUGCAUGAGCUGUUUAAUUCUCAACCGUUCCUGAAAAACCUGAACGACUUCAUUGAAGAGAAAACCAUCCAGUGGAUCUACAUACCUCCACGUGCGCCAUCGUUUGGAGGAUUGUGGGAGGCUGGAGUUCGAUCGCUGAAACACCAUUUGUGCCGUACUUUGGGGGAAGCAGUUCUGACAUUCGAAGAAAUGACCACCGUACUGACGAGAAUCGAAGCAACACUUAACUCCAGACCAUUAUGUGCUCUAUCAGACGACCCGGCAGACUAUAACGCUCUGACGCCGGGACACUUUUUAAUAUUUCGACCACUCAACGCCAUUUCCGAACCAGACUUGACGAAUACGAACCUACAUAUCCUAUCGAGAUGGGAUAGAAUCAAGCUCUACGUGCAACACUUCUGGCGUCGAUGGAAUAUCGACUAUAUCAAUCAGCUCCAACAAAGAUCGAAAUGGCACUCCAAGAUUCCAGUGGCAGUAGGGCAGCUGGUGGUAGUACGUGAAGACAAUGUUCCUCCUCAACAGUGGUUACUUGGGCGCAUCGAACAGCUUUUCCCCGGAAAAGACAACAUCGUAAGAGUCGUUAAUAUACGCACAGUGCGAGGCGUAUACAAAAGAUCUGUAUCGAGACUCAGUCUACUACCAAUCAAAGACAACGACAAUAAUGUGAACAACAACGCAGCGCAAGAAUAA